UCUCACCUGCAAUAGGAACCAGAUUUCUCUUGUUGAGAGAAACAGCUCAUCCUGCUCUACACAUUUCCUCAAGUGGGACAGUGAUCAGCUUUGCUGAGAGGAGACGGCUGACAGAAAUCCCGUCAGUGCUGGGUGAGGAGCUGCCUUCCUGUGGCCAGCAUUACUGGGAAACCACAGUCACAGACUGCCCAGCAUAUCGACUCGGCAUCUGCUCCAGCUCGGCCAUGCGGGCAGGUGCCCUGGGACAAGGGGAGACCUCAUGGUACAUGCACUGCUCUGAGCCACAGAGAUACACAUUUUUCUACAGUGGUAUCGUGAGUGAUGUUCACGUGACUGAGCGUCCAGCCAGAGUGGGCAUCCUGCUGGACUACAGCAACCAGAGACUUAUCUUCAUCAACGCGGAGAGCGGCCAGUUGCUCUUCCUCAUCAGGCACAGGUUUAAUGAGGGUGUCCACCCUGCCUUUGCCCUGGAGAAACCUGGAAAAUGUACUUUGCACCUGGGGAUAGAGCCCCCGGAUUCUGUAAGGCACAAGUGAUCCUUGGCUUUCAGGAUUUACAAGAGCAGUGAUUUAAAUUUGGGGGUGGGGGGCCUGCUGUUCAUUCCUCUGGGUGCUAUACAUUAUUCAAAAAGCCUCCCACACAUUUGCACUAAUGAUGGCUGCACGCGUAGCAAUCAGCACGUGAGCAAAAUCCACAAGAAAACCUUGACUUCACAGAGCAGUGUGUGAGUAAACAGAAUGAAAACAACAACCUCCACUCCUUAGUUUAUAUAAGUUUGAGUUCUUUCCUAAAUUAAAAGGUCUGCACUUGAGUUGGGAACCAUAAAAGAGAAGUGGACUUGCAUCUGUUUUACUGGUAAAGGAAGUUCUCUAAUGGACGGGUCAGAGUGAAGGAAGGUUGUGCUGGUAAGACAUCUCCUCUGACGAAGACACAUGGACGCCUUCCACAAAAUGUCACCUCGCUGCACUAAAGGAUGAUAAUCCUAAUCAUUAGAGAAAGUGUUUUAGCUGAUUUAAAUGUAUAAUGAACUCUUUUGUAAUAACGUAUACUGUAGAACAUGAGUCUCUCCUCCCUAAAAUUUUAAAUGUAGAAAAGUGCUAUGUAUUAGAAAUUUCCAUUUGUUAAAUAAAUGGUUAGAGUCUAUAAAACCAA